AUGUCUACAGUCAACAUGGUCAAGUACUACUUCUACAGGAACAAGUUGCCGGAUAAUCCAGCCGAUUUGAGAAAUAUGGUGGCUCUGGCAUAUCAAACAGCGCGAGAUAUGAAACUUUAUCCGCGGGCGAUAUUGAUCAGGUCCAAGCACCACAAAACCACCACUAUCAACGGCAAGGCCGGAGAGGAUCCGAAGGGUUGGCACUUGACAUUUUGUUACAAGGAUGACGAGCAGCUCAAAAACCACACGCAUACAGCGUGCCAUGGGUACACGAAAGACGAGUCCUCGUGGGAGCUUCUGGAGUCAACACACGUCGGAACCAAGCCAGACUCGGUCAAGCGCAGAUACUCGAAGGGCGCCAGUGUUCGGCCCGGUUCUGAAGAACUGGAUGAAGCCCCGGAUGUUGGAUACUGUCAUUUUCUGUAG